AUGACCGAAUCGGAGGCGACGAAUCCCAAGGGGAAAUAUUUCAAGGCGGUCAUCGCCGCCGCCCCGGAACCCAAAAAGCAACACAGGAAGAUGACCAGCAGAUCCCUUGCCACACUCCAGCAAAGAAAACGCCGACUACCAAAAAGUCACCCCGUGAUCCCAAAAGGAGACGCUGUCCCCGCCGGGGAAGUUGCACGGACCGGAGGCAAGAAUUCCCCCGACACAAUCUCUGAAGUUGUCCCUGUUGACGCAGCUACGAAAGGAGGGGAAGAACGACUUGUUGAGACCCGUGUAGAAGCAGCGUGCGAGGCCUCUAGAUGUCCGGACAGUGUCGGUGACGAUGUUAGGAAUUUAAGCAAGCUUUUAUUUGAAGAAAAUUUCACAGGAUUCAUAACUAAGAGUGAACAACUUGAAGACGACGUGGCUAUCAUUCAGACGAUCUCCAAUGCCAACGAAAAGCCUAAAGUAGUGGCAGAAGAAGCCAUGUGCCCCCCAAUCCCAAACCAACCCACAUCUAACACAGAACCGGUUCCGACCGGUCAAAGCAAGACCGAAUCGGUUUGCUCUGCACAGUCGGACCCCACACCGCUCAACACUAAUCAUCAAAAAAUGCCUUACACUCCACUUCGUUUUACUGGGAAACACGGAGCGUUCCUGCGGCUGGCGAAAGUCGAGAGGAGAGAGGAGCCCCGCAAGAAUGCAGCAAGAGCUGAGAGGAAAUCUAUUAGACACCAAAAACCAGUUGGUACGCUGAUGAGGCUGCCGAAAAUAUCAUCUCUGCCAAGUGCCAAGUUGUCAGGGGAAGCGGGAAAAGUUGAGGCAGAUAGACGAGAAGGCCGACUUUCUUCGGAAAUAAUAUGUUGUGGUACGACGAACCUAACUAGGUCAAGAUCAAGGGCUGUAUCUAAAUCAUCUGGAUCGACAGGAGAUGCUGAGACUGGUGUCGCCAUUUCCAACCCCUGCCCAAGCAACUUGACCAUCAUCCAGCAGCGUGGAUGCAACAUUUCUACAAGAACCUCCUCCCCGAUGCCAUUGCCACGAAAGCCCCUCCCACCAAUACGGAGACGACACCACUCGGACAUCUGCACUGUUUGCCCGGAGGUCCAAGACUGGAAAGGUUUCGCCAGGAACUCCAGGUGGUAUCUGAAUCAGCCGGGCGGACAGUGCUCUUGCGAUCAGGAGAAAGGGAGUCAGGAGGCCAGCAGUCGGGAUAACGGGAGUAAGACCUAUCGAGUUGAGGAAGCUCAGGUGUCUGAGAAGCAGGUGCUUGAGAAGCAGGUCUCUAAUAAGGAAGAACUUCCUGAAGAGAGCAAAGAAGAUCUUGGAGGAAAGAGAGAUGAUGAAGAGAUGGAUGCAGAGGAUACUGCUGGCAAGGAAACAAGGAGCAACGAGGGUGAAUCUGAUUCUUGGUAUCCAGAGAACAGCAUUGCCGUUGAAGUGUUCCACAACCUACCUCUGACGGAGGCUAGUAGAACAGAAGAAGCACAACCUCAAUUGAGCAAAGGGUGCGAGGCUGUCUGGACUGCUCAUUGUCCGUGGCUUGAUGAAACUUCAUCGAACUAUGGCGAGAACAAUUCUCAGGAACCAAAACUACAAACAGGGAGGCAAAACCCCCAGGCGACAGAAGACACGCUUCAUGCGAUGGAUUUCGAAUGCGAGAACAAACCCGAAUGCGACUUUGAGGACGACAGUACUCUGCUUAGAGCAGUUCUGCUGCGUAACCAUACUUUGAACUAUGGCAGACUGUCCGAGUCUGGUGACCUCGAGUCAUCAGAGGUCAAAGGUCAUACUGAUGAAAAAGUUGAUGAAUGCACCGAGUUAACAAAUUCAAAAGGGGGAAGAAACUCAGACGAUUGUAAGGUGCUACUGAACUUUUGCAACCGGCUUCUCCGAGAUGGUGCAAGUCCUGAAAAAGUUAGUAAGCCGACACACUUAAUGCAGGUACAAAGACAGGGGUCAAAUUUGACAUUGACCCCAAAGGCAGCUGUUAUAAUGACCUCUAGAGGACAACAGAAGCUUGUGAACAGCAGUCUAGUAGCUGUUGGAAGAGGUCACACGGAAAGUCAAACCAAAACAGUCGACAGAGAAAUAAUCUCAACAAAUGAUGACGCAGGUUUUGGUGUACGUGAAGAGUCGGACGAGGCCCUCCUGAGGCAAGAAAUGAAGAGGUAUCUCCAUUCUCUUCGCCACGACAACGCUAAGAAGCAACACCACCCUCAUGGUCAGUCGUCCGGGCAGAACAUCAGCAUGAGAGUGCAGAAUCUCGCCGCUGUAAGACCAAUCACAGCCGAUGUCAACAACUCCAGACUGACGGAGCAAGUCACAAAGGCAGUUGGGUUCAUCCCCAUUCUCACCAAAGAAGAGUACGGAAAUCUUUGCAAGAAGACGAGCAGCCCCUCCCACAGGUUCCACAAAGUUCCUGUGAUCCUUCCUCCAAUAUCGGGAAACCCAAAUGAGCUUCUUCUUAUCAAGAGAUUCAACGGAGAGGUGAAGGGGAUGAAGUUGCCAAGGCGACAGGAUAGGAAGAACAAAAAAUGA